CUGGGAUGCGCCGGCCGGGCGGCUGUGGGGGCAGAUAGCGUCCCGCGGGGAGGCGGCCGAGUGGGGCCCGGGGCGGCGGCCGCCGGGCAGCGCCAUGGCGGCGCAGUGCGACCCGCUGAGCGGGUACCUGCCCCAGCCGCUCUCCGACCCGGGCUCCAACAGCGAGCGCAGCGCCGACUCGCCCGCGCCCGGCUCCGAGGAGGACUCGGCCGGGCCGCCGCGGCCCCUGCACAGCCCCGAGUGGGGCGAGGAGCGAUUCCGGGUGGACAGGAAGAAACUGGAGGCCAUGCUCCAAGCUGCUGCGGAGGGCAAAGGAAAAAGUGGGGAAGACUUUUUUCAGAAGAUUAUGGAAGAAACAAAUACACAGAUUGCUUGGCCAUCAAAGUUGAAGAUUGGAGCAAAAUCGAAAAAAGAUCCCCAUAUUAAAGUUUCUGGAAAAAAAGAAAACRUUAAAGAAGCAAAAGAGAAAAUCAUGUCUGUCUUGGACACAAAAAGCAAUCGGGUAACCUUGAAGAUGGAUGUUUCACAUACAGAACAUUCUCAUGUGAUAGGUAAAGGUGGCAAUAAUAUUAAAAAGGUGAUGGAGGAAACAGGAUGCCAUAUCCAUUUUCCAGACUCAAAUAGGAACAAUCAAGCAGAGAAAAGCAACCAAGUGUCUAUUGCAGGACAGCCAGCUGGAGUGGAGUCCGCAAGAGUCAGAAUUCGGGAGCUGCUUCCAUUGGUACUCAUGUUUGAAUUGCCUAUUGCUGGAAUUCUCCAACCCAUCCCAGAUCCCAAUUCUCCAACCAUUCAGCACAUCUGUCAGACCUAUAACAUUUCAGUUUCCUUCAAACAACGCUCUCGAAUGUAUGGUGCUACAGUCAUUGUCAGAGGCUCACAAAACAACACUAGUGCUGUGAAGGAAGGAACAGCCAUGCUCUUGGAACACCUGGCUGGGASCCUGGCCUCUGCAAUCCCUGUGAGCACACAGCUUGACAUUGCAGCACAGCAUCAUCUCUUUAUGAUGGGUCGAAACGGCAGCAACAUCAAACAUAUCAUGCAGAGGACUGGUGCUCAGAUCCACUUCCCUGACCCCAGUAACCCACAGAAGAAAUCYACAGUCUACCUCCAGGGCACAAUUGAGUCUGUCUGUCUUGCCAGGCAAUAUCUCAUGGGUUGCCUUCCCCUCGUGCUCAUGUUUGAUAUGAAGGAAGAAAUUGAAGUAGAACCACAGUUUAUAACACAGCUAAUGGAGCAGUUAGAUGUCUUCAUAAGCAUUAAGCCUAAGCCAAAGCAACCGAGCAAGUCUGUGAUUGUAAAAAGCGUUGAACGAAAUGCCUUAAAUAUGUACGAGGCACGGAAAUGUCUCUUGGGGCUGGAAAGCAGCGGAGUCACCAUUGUGUCAAAUCCCUCAAAUCCCUCUACUGUCUCAUGCCCCGUCGGUCUGUCUUGUCCUGGUUUGGAUAUUUUGUCCUCAGCAGGACUAGGACUCACUGGGCUUGGCCUUUUAGGUCCAACAGCCCUGUCAGUCAACACCUCAACUGCUCCAAACUCUCUGUUGAAUGCCCUAAAUAGCUCUGUGAGCCCUUUGCAGAGUCCAAGUUCAGGCACGCCCAGCCCCACUUUAUGGGCAACAUCUCUUGCUAACACAAACACCACAGGUUUUUCUGCUAUUCCACACCUAAUGAUACCAUCUACUGCCCAAGCAACUUUAACUAGUAUUCUGCUGUCUGGAGUGCCUAAUUAUGGUCAAAAUACUCCAUCUCCACCACCAGGCUUGACUCCUGUUGAAGUCCAUGUUAAUGGCCUGCAAUCAGAAAGUAAAAAAGGCUCAGCUUCAUUAAACGGUCAUGUAAAGGCCUCAAAUAUCAAGUAUGCUGCACUGUCUGCCACAUCGCUGGGAGAAAAUGUGCUGAGCACAACCCACAGUGAUGCAGUAAGGCAAACAAAUACUCAYGGUGCCUCAGAACAAGUAGCUGCCAAGGCAAAUAGCGAAGAAGGUUGCAAUGAUGCGUUUGUAGAAGUGGGCAUGCCCCGGAGUCCGUCCCAUUCUGCAAACACCAGUGACCUGAAGCAGAUGAUGAGCUCUUGCAAGCAGGGCUGUGCCAAGAGACAGACGGUGGAGUUACUGCAAGGCACCAAAAACUCCCACUUACACACGGCGGAGAGGCUGCUCUCGGAGGCAGAGCUGGCMCCCUCGGAAGGCCCCGUGGCCGAUAAGAAAGCCCCGGGCAGCGAGCGGGCAGCGGAGCGAGCAGCGGCCGCCCAGCAGAACUCRGAGAGAGCACGUCUGGCUCCACAGCCCUCCUUUGUCAAUAUGCAGGCAUUUGACUAUGAACAGAAGAAACUAUUGGCAACCAAAGCUAUGCUGAAGAAGCCAGUUGUAACAGAAGUGAGAACUCCAACAAAUACAUGGAGUGGUUUGGGGUUCUCUAAAUCAAUGCCUGCAGAAACUAUCAAGGAGCUAAGAAGAGCAAAUCAUGUAUCAUACAAGCCAUCCAUGACAACUACAUAUGAGGGUUCAUCCAUGUCUCUGUCCCGGUCCAGCAGUCGGGAGCACCUGGGCAGUGGCAGUGAAUCCGAUAACUGGAGAGACCGGAAUGGCCUUGGACCCACUGCUCAUGAUUUUGUCUCCUCAAUUGGCAGCCCCAAACGGAAACAAAACAAAUCAGCUGAACACUAUCUCAGCAGCAGUAACUACAUGGACUGCAUUUCCUCGCUGACAGGAAGCAAUGGCUGUAACCUCAACAGUUUGUUUAAGGGAUCUGACCUGCCUGAGCUCUUCAGCAAACUCGGUUUGGGCAAAUACACAGAUGUGUUCCAGCAGCAAGAGAUUGAUCUGCAGACAUUCCUUACUCUUACUGAUCAAGAUUUGAAAGAGUUGGGAAUUACCACUUUUGGUGCCAGAAGGAAAAUGCUGCUUGCAAUCUCAGAACUGAAUAAAAACCGAAGAAAGCUCUUUGACCCAUCCAACAUGCGUGCCUCGUUCCUGGAAGGCGGAGCCAGCGGGAGACUGCCGCGCCAGUAUCACUCGGACAUUGCCAGCGUCAGCGGGCGCUGGUAGCAGGAAGCUGGGCUCACAGAGUCAGCUGGACAGAUGGACAUGGCAAUCCUGUGGACAGCCUUCACUGCACACCACCCUCUGCACUUUGGGAGUUUGGGUGUCAAGGACCAAAGCGUUUAGUCUGCACAGUACUGUGCCAAAACAAUCAGAGAGAACACGUUGUCGGUUGUCUUUUUGAAACACCAAAUGUGGGUUACGUUUUACUCAUGUAGAUUGGACAGAAUUUGCAAUAAUAAUAAUAUAGGGUUCUUUGUUUAGUAUUUUAUUACCUAUAACUAUAAUGUAUGCACUGAAUUUUUUACUUUGUUGAAUGAAGGAAGAAUGAAGAGCUGGGAUGCCAGAGAGCAUAGAUUUGGUUUUAUCAAGAUGGAUUUUUCUGGUACUGCUUAAAAAUAAUUAUUGAGGUCUUUCUGCACUUUACAUGUUCUGAUUUCUUGUCCUGUGGAAAUUUAUUUCUCUCUUUCAUUUCCAUAUCAAUUUUUAUAUUGGCACUAAUCAAAUUUUUUCAGGUGUUCCUGCAUUAAGUCACAUCUCACUAUAAUGGUACUAGAAACUGGUUCUUACGCAGAAUUGUUUUUUCCUCUCUCUGUCUCCCAGGUAGUUAUCUGAAGAGAUUGUUCCAAAAUCAAGUCAUCUGGUAGUGGACCAGUGCUAUUAUGCUCUUAUGAAGCAGUCUAGUGCUGCCUGCAAUAAUACUCACUGUAACAGAUGCAAUGAAAGACCAAAAUGGMCCUUGCAAUAUUAACCCUUUGCAGUCAACAUAUUUAACUGCUGCCUGUUAUGCUAAAACUGUUUUUAAUGGUUGUGUCAAAGCAAAGGGCAAUUUUUAGUACCCUGCCACUAAAGGACACUUAUUUAUAUCAGACUUUUAUUUUUAGAUUCUAUACACCUACAAUACRUAAGAGAUUAAACUAAUCUACUGCAGAUUUAUGGUAGAGACCGAAAGGCAUUCGUCAAACUAGAGCUCUGGGCUGUCAGUUUGAUUAAACAGACAACUAAUCUAAUUUGACAAGACAGCACUGUUGCCAUUUAAUAAAUGACACAUGUUACUUACAUGACUAUGCAUGCAGCAAUAAGUGACCUACAUAAAAUAGGUGUCAUAGCAUCUGUUUUGUUCGAUCUAGAUUUGUAAUUGUCAGCUGCAGAAGUGUUUGAAACUCUGGAGAUGAACUAUUUCUGAAACAAGUUAUGUUCAACAGAAAGAGUCCAUGUUCUAAGUGGCUAGAGCUAACUUUUGCAUUCUUAUACUGUGAAAGUCCGAAAGAUUUGGCAAUGUUAUUCCUCUGUCUUUACAGAUGUUGUGUUAUGGGUUUAUGAAGGGUUUCAAUAUAAUGAAGGAAUCCAUAAAGUGCCUCUUUUUGCAAUGCAAUGUGUAGUUUCCAAUCAUUAAUUGAAAAGCAUUCCCAUGAGAAAUAUUGUGAAUUACCUCUACUGUAAUGUAUUAUUUAUGUUCAGUGUACAAGCCUUUUGAGAUGGACAUGAACCACUGUCAAGUGCUCUWAGCAGAAGGCAUUAGAAUAACAUUUACAGUAGUUGGGGUUUAUGCAAAAAAUGGGUGAGAGAGUUUUGACACUUUCCAUGGAUAAUUCUUUCUUUUAAGGUGAGAAUGCAAAAUGAUGUAUGGAGAAAUUUGCACACACAAAGGGAAUUUAAAGAGACUAUUACUUGAGGGCAUAGAUGAUUAAGCAAUAAUAUAAAGUCUUGUGAUUAGCUAAAAAUUGCUGCUCAGUGCUCAUUUCAGCCAUAUCUACUUAAUAGUGUAUAACUGGGUGACUUCCCCUGUAGAUCAAGUAGUAGCUUCGUCUGGUUUACAAAUGGUACUGCAGCUGUAACUGGCUAAAACUCUUAUCUGGUACUCACACAGUCGUUCACACCGAGUUACAGUGCUCAAUGCCAAGAGUCAAUAUCCAUGUGUCCAUGAGAGAUUUGUGUGUGUGUGUGUGACACAGGGAAGAGCAACCUCAUGGAAACCCUCUUGGAAGGCACAGCUUCUCACUCUGAAAUGAUUUACACUUGUGCUUACUUCUGAGCAUGCAGAUAGGUCCAUUCACACGGACUAUUUACAUGCUUGUAAAGGAUAAGAUAUCAUGUAAAUGUUUGCAUUUGCCAGCCCAGUGCUUGCAAAUCAAAUUGUAUUCUGACUCGUUAUUUUAUAAAGUAUUUUUAAUCAAGUAAAUGUUCAGCAACACUUUGUACAGAAUUUUCUGCAACCCCUUCUUGCUCAUUUUGCCUAAACUUAAAAGCAUCAGAAAGCUUUACACUCAGUUUUUUAGUCUUUUGUAAGCACAUGCUAUGAAUGCAGACGGUACUAUACUCAGAAACUGAUUUUAUUACAGUAUUAAGUUGAUGUGGUCUUUUGCUGAGCAGUGCCWAUUUCAUCUACACCAAAGUGAAGAAUUUCCCAUGAACAACAUUAUUUUUCAGUAGGGCUUCACAUUAAAAAAAAAAAGAA